AUAUAGUUUGAAUAUAGUUUAAUUUAUUUAUGUAAAAAAAUAUAUUUUGUAAGUUUACAAAUUCAUCCGAGUUUUAUCACUAAUGUGAUGUUUUAGCAGUGAAAACAAGAAGAAAAGAAAACCAUUUUGCUCCUGUUUAGUAUAAAAACAGUUUUAAGUGGAAGGAACUGAUGACCAUGAAAAGAUGGGAGCUUCACAGUCACAGGCAAGUGAAGAAGCUUGCCACAACCAGCCACAAUACACUGAGGAGGCAACAGAGAUAAAACUGAGUGAAACCAAGUCCAAAACUGAGGAGAAUGCAGCAGAACCACAGCCCCAAACAAAAUCUGAAGAAAAGGCACGAAAUGUUAUGAUUAGUGACACCAACUCCAAAAGAGUUCUGGAAAUCAAGCUCCCAUAUAACUAUGAGUCCUUACUAAGAGAAGUAGACUCACCAGUUGACAGGUCUUCAACAGAAAAGCUAUACCAUCAACUGUGCACCGGAGUUUUCUUGAACCAAAAGAAACGGAAAUAUUGGAUUGAAAGGAUGUCCAACAGCAACUGCUUCUUCUUGUUUGCUAGGGAUCUCUCGAUAACUUGGGCGGAGGAUAGUCGUUUCUGGCACUGGCCUUACAUACACGAGACGAGCGACAUUUCAAUAGAUGUGGCUGAGCUAUUAAACGUUUGUUGGCUGGAAGUACAUGGAAAAUUCGACACGACAGAACUUUCUCCUGGUGUGCUGUAUGAAGUUGCAUUUGUAAUAAUGCUUAAAGACCCUGCUUAUGGAUGGGAAGUUCCAGUUUAUUUCAGGUUAACUCUCCCGAAUGGAAUCAAACAAGAACGCAAAGAAAUUUUAAUGACAAAGCCUAGAGUACAAUGGAUUGAAAUCCCAGUUGGUGAGUUCAUACCUUCACAAGAAAAUUGUGGGGAGAUGGAAAUUUCAAUGUUUGAAUAUAGUGGUGUGAAAUGGAAGAGAGGACUUGUUGUCAAAGGUGUUAUCAUUCGACCAAAACAUUGUUAGAAAAAUUAGGGUGGAAUAAUAAAAUUUGAAUCGCGGUGGACAAUGUUCUUAAAAA